CUCUCUCUCUCUCUCUCUCUCUCUCUCUCUCUCUCUCUCUCUCUCUCUCUCUCUCUCUCUCUCUCUGUCAGUCGGACCUGACUAUGUGGUGGACGCUCUGUCACUCCUUCCUCGCCGUCGACAGGAUAUUGUGUGAAAGCAGCAGCGCCUCCUCUUCCUGAGGGGGUGGGAGGUGCAGAGUGGGAGACGUGGGUCCUCACACCUGCAGCGUCAUGGACCCGAGGUCGGUCGCUCUGGAGCUGCUGGGGGUGCUGGUGUCGGGGGGGGCCUGGCUGUGCUCGCUGGCGACCACACUGAUGUCCACGUGGUUGACGCUGUCCACGGAGCUGCUGCCCAGCGAGAGCUUCGAGCUCGGCCUGUGGGGGACGUGCGUGGUGCAGGACCUGGGGGGGCUGGAGUGUCGACCCUACGACGGCCUGCUGGGUCUCCCCCCCGACAUCAAGCUGGCCCGGAUCCUGAUGUGCAUGACGCUGGGCAUCGGGCUGCUCGCCGAGCUGCUGGCCAUCCCCGGCAUGCAUCUGGUGAAUGGCUGCGGCGGCCAGAGGGAUGGCCUGAGCUGUAAGAGGAGCCUGAAGGUGGCGGCGGGGGCGCUCUGCCUGCUGGCCGGCUUCCUGGGACUCGUCCCCGUCUCGUACAUCGCCCACCUGACCGUGGUCCGCUUCUUCGACGAGUCGGUGCCGGACGUGGUGCCUCGCUGGGAGUUCGGAGACGCGCUGUUCUGCGGCUGGAUGGCCGGGUUCCUGCACCUGGUCGCGGGAACGCUCCUCCUGACGUCAUGUCUGCGUCUGAGGAGGGAAAACUGUCACGCCCCCGUCGCUCCGGGGCCGCCGCCAGGACGCCACCUCAUCAGGUCCGAGUACGUCUGAGGGUCGUCGACCAUCAAGAGUCUGAAUCUUCAGGAUUCAAGAAACCAUUUUCUUCACGAGCUUCUGAGACUUUAAUGAUUCACGUCUCCUGAACAUCUGGAUUUAAAACAUUUGAUCUCAAAGAUAAAUCUGUCAAACUGAAGUUUUAUAUAGAAGAAAUUCUGAGACUAAACAAACUUUAAACUUAAACUUUCAAACUGAGUUAAAAUCAUCAGUAGCUCAUAAAAUUUUUGAAAUUCUACUUCAGAUAUAAAACCAAGUUCAAAUGUAAAAAUGAUAAAAGACAAUAAUUAGUAUAAAACCAGAUUUUAGAUGAAUCACGUUUGAUUUCAGUGAUAAAAUAUUCGGAUUCGAAUCACUUUUUAAACUUAAACAUUUAAACAGAAUCUGAGAGAGAACCAGCGUUUCACCGUCUUCACCUGAUCAAACGUUUCAACGGAUUCUGUCACUUUCAAUCGUUUUCACCAAAGACACAAACACCUGCUGCUACUUCCUGUUUCCUGCUUCCUGUUUCCUGUUUCAUUCAGGACAUUUUAUUUUCUGACACACGUGAGCAUCUUUACUUUAAACAUAUCUUUAUUCCUGUCACAUGAUGAGAGAUGAGUUUAUUUUGAAGAACAGGAAGUGAUGUAAGUUCCUGUUCAAUUAGAAUGAUCGCAAUGACAAAAAUCAGUUUGAUUGGUUGAUUGAUUGAUAAGAAAUGAUGUCAGCAGAUGAUUGUAAAGAAGAAAAACUCGUAAAUAAGAAUAAAAUUAUACUGAUGUUGA